AUGAUCGCUGGUCUCUCUAGAGCUGUCAAUAUCAUUCUCGCUCCUUUGCUUGCUUUGACGGCUUUCCUUCUCAUUCUAUUUACCUACUUAUCGCCCGUCCUGAUGCUCUCAACACAAGUAUCUCUGAUCACCGUGUCGCCAUCAACUUCCCUCAUUCAGACCAAUUCGAGCUCGUCUACGUCGUUAUUAGACGGACCUAGUGUUUUCCUAGGUGCUCUUGGCUCCUGCUCUCGCCCCAACCAAGAGUCCGCAGUAACCUGCACUUUGCCCACCGUGUCACCAACGUAUAAUCUUGCGGUGCUUCCCCCAAGUGCACCAGACCUCCUGAAUGCGCCCACUGCCACAACUCCCGCGUUCAUUGCCGUCUCUCUGGCACUCAUGUUCAUAUUCAUUAUCAUGUAUACGCUCACAUCUCAUCGCGCCGCGUUGGGUAAGAUUGGCGUACCAUUUGAGCGACCUAACGUCCAACGUGCCACUGCAUGGAUCGGCUUCCUUGGAUUCAUAAUCGGCAUCACCUCCUUUCUUGUACUCUUCAUGUGGUUCUGGAAAGCUGUUGACGACUUUAACACUGAUAUCUCCAAACUCGGUAGUGAAGCCCCGGAUCUCAUUGCUGCAACCAGUAAUGGCUUCGUUAUGGUCUGGGUGGGCUAUGCUUUCUACGCAGUCCCACUUGUCAGCUCCCUCUCCAAACUUCACGUUGCCAGUGGCAAGGCAUAA